AUGCACGGAGCGCUGAGUGCGGAGGAAAUGGAUCGGCCAUUCCUGGAGAGCCCUUACGUGCGGCGGAUUCACGAUGACAUGUGGGGGGAAGGAGCACUGCACAUGCCCUUUGAAAUCGACCAGCCAGUGGGUGCAGGAGGGCGGAUGCACGCACCUGCUGCUGCCGCUUCUGCUGCUGCUGCUUUUGUGAAGGAUGAUGGUGGGGGGAAUGGUGGUGGGGGGAAUGGUGGUGGGGGGAAUGGUGGUGGGGGGAAUGGUGGUGGGGGGAAUGGUGGUGGGGGGAAUGGUGGUGGGGGGAAUGGUGGUGGGGGGAAUGGUGGUGGGGGGAAUGGUGGUGGGGGGAAUGGUGGUGGGGGGAAUGGUGGUGGGGGGAAUGGUGGUGGGGGGAGUGGUGGUGGGGGGAGUGGUGGUGGGGGGAGUGGUGGUGGUGAGGGAAAAGAUGGGGGUGGGCAGAGGGAUAUGUUUGGGUGGAGUGAGCAUGGCGUGUGGGAUAAGCUGUGGGAGCAGUUAUCCCUGCGACAGCAAGAGAGGCAAGGGCCGCAGCUGUGGCAGCAGCAGCAGCAGCAGCAGCAGCAGCAGCAGCAGCAGCAGCAGCAGCAGCAGCAGCAGCAGCAGCAGCAGCAGCAGCAGCAGCAGCAAGGGCAGCAGCAAGGGCAGCAGAAAGGGCAGCAGCAAGGGCAGCAGCAAGACUGGGAGCAGCAAGACUGGGAGCAGCAAGACUGGGAGCAGAGACAAAAUUUCCCCAAAAAAUCCUUCUCUGUGAAUAUGUCCCUUCAGUCCACUCCAACUCUCCACCUGGCUUCGCACUGCUCUCCUGCAUGGCGCGAUGACCUGGCAUCUGCUGUGCUGGCAGCGCUGCCACGUCAUCAUUCCUUUGGGGCAUGUCGCAACAACAUGCGGCCAAUCACAGAGCAGAAGGCACACCCUGGGUGCAGAUCGGAUCCAGACACGUGGCAAUCUCGCACCCACUGUGUCAUGUCCCGAUACAAGUUUGUACUCGCUAUAGAGGGAGCCGUACUCCCUGGAUACGUCACGGAAAAGCUCUUUAUACCUCUAGAAGCCGGUACUGUACCAAUCUACUAUGGAGCUCCGGACGUCUAUAACUAUGCACCUCCUUACUCCUCCAUCAAUCUAAGGGACUUCUCCGAUUUCACGCAUCUGGCUGCUCUUAUUGAUCGACUCAGUACCAACACAAGCGAGUAUUUGGAUUACCAUGCAUGGAGAAUCUGUGGCCUUCCUGGCAAUGCCCGGCAUGCUGCUGAGCUGGGCAUUAGGACCUUACCUUGUCGUCUUUGUGAAAGUGUUGCCAGAUUAUUAUACUAA